UGGGUUUCUUCUCGUAAGGAUGAGAUUUGACAUCUCGAGGCUCGGUCGCCAUAUCUUGCUUUCGAAGGCGCCGCGAUCGUGGGCUCUACGCUUUGCGCACGGGCUGAAAUUCUUCAGCCUGCGGACGCAAUGGAGAUGACAGUUCUGCGCGGGACGGCGUGCGUGAGCUCUCUGGGCGGUGGGGGCUCGCGGUGGUCUCGCAGCUUGAGCAAAAGCUUGAGUGUCGCCACGACCCGGACACGUCCAUUGCCACGAGAUUCUGCUCUCUUCGCGAAGAGGUCGUCUGUGGGUUCUGCGAUCUCCUUCGAGCAAUCACGGUGUGGGGGAGUCGCGCGUGAGAUGGCGGUCUUCGCACGGUCCCCGGCGCUGCAUGCUUUUCAGCGGAACUUGCACUGUCAGAGGUUCGAGAAACCCCAAGGACUCAGUUCUUGCUCGCAUCUCCGAAUCAAGGCCCGCGCUUCAAGGUGUUUUUUUUCUCAGCGGAGAAGUGUUGCCGGUCGAUCUCAGUCCAUUUUUGUAUGCCCUCGCCUGGGUUUGGCGAGUAGGCUUCACACUAGCUCCAUCCAGGAGGGCAGGUACUUAUGUGCCUGUCUGGAAGAGAAGAGAUUUGACACAGAUUUGCAUCUCGAAUCCAUUUUUGAAACUGAGGAAAGAGUUAGGAGUCAAUUAGAAGACGAGGGUGCGAAUCAGACAGCCUGCGCAGACGAGAAGAUUCCCAACGUCGCUUCUGAGGCCACGGUUGCAGAAGAUUUGAGUCUCGAGCAUUGGGUUGUUAACUUCUACCACUUUGUCAACAUUGACGAUCCUCACCUGGAAGUGGCUCGACAUACGGAUUUUUUGAAAAAUUAUGAUGUCCGUGGCCGAAUCUAUAUCAGUGAGCAGGGUAUCAACGCUCAGCUCAGUAGUCGAGGGAAGGGUGCUAUGGAGUAUGCUGAGUGGGUCAAGAAAGACUCUCGCUUCUCGGAACUCUUAGUGCAGAUUUCACCUUCUCCUGAAGGGCAUGCAUUUCCUCGUUUGAAACUGCGUUACAAGCCUUCUUUGGUACAAGUUGAAGGUGGAACUCAACAUCUUCCGGUGACAGAUCCCAUAGCAAGAGCAGUGCCACUCUCACCUUCCGAGUGGACAAAAAGGCUGGAUGCAGCCAAGCUUGUUGGCAACACUGAGAGAGGUUCGAAGCAGAUGGAUUCAAAUCUGGAUGAUGAACACACGGAUACUUCAAGGCAGGUCGUUUUACUGGAUGUGCGAAAUGGAUACGAAUGGGACGUUGGUCAUUUCAAAGGAGCUCAAAGGCCCAAUGUGGACUGCUUCAAGAGUACUGCUUUUGGACUUGAAGAAGAGGAGGAUGCUCGCGACGAUCCAUUGGCAGAUGUAGAUAAGGAGGAAGUUGAUGUCCUGAUGUAUUGCACGGGUGGCAUACGCUGUGACGUAUACUCCACUAUGCUACGAGCGAAAGGUUUCAAAAACCUGUACUCUUUGAAGGGUGGUAUUUCAAACUAUCUCAAAGAGGAAGGCUCAAGAAAGUGGGCUGGAAACCUGUUUGUGUUCGACUCACGUUUGGCAGUUCCUCCCAAGGUCUACCACGAUAGUCCCAUUCAAGAAGGUAGCAUGAGUGACUCUCUUAAGAACUUCGAAGAAUCCAGGACAGAGGAGGCCUUUGCUAGGUGUCGUCUGUGCGGAGAUCACAUCCUCGAGCCCCGACAUCGCAACUGUGCCAACCUGGACUGCAAUCAGCUCUAUCUGACUUGCGACGAGUGUUUAACACAAUCUAAAGGAUGCUGCUCUGAUGAAUGCUCGUCAGCUCCAAAAUUGCGGCCCUUAAUAUCGAGACAACAAUACGAGCGAUGGCAUAAUUAUCGUCCUACGGAACCUGCCUUGCCAAAGCCGGCCGACUAUGUGAGCAGGAGAGCGAUGAAGAGGAGGAGACGGAAAGAACGCAGAAAGGAGUUAAUGAACAACGGUGUAUGUGAGGAAGAACCCGAACUUCUUGUGCAAAAUGCAUGAAGUUGAACCAUUGAAGAAGAGAUAUAUCACAACUUUUACCUGCUGUUCGGUCAACGCAAAGUUGUCAAACAAAUUCAACGGCUGGACCGAAGACAUCGAAGGACACGUUGUUGCCGAUGGUUUUUGAAGAGGGGAAGAAUGCUAAGCUUAAAGAACUUCUCGAUGUAGACGAUUCGUCAAGGCAAGAUUGUAGUAGAUUUGAAUUCAUAGGAAAGCUUCGCAGUCUUUUCUUUGGACGGCCCGCGGUGCGCGGCGGCAUCCUCGAGUAACAGCCAAAGCAUCAGUCUUCUAAUCCUUGAGAUUCUACCUCAACUUCACGCCUUUAAGUUGCGCUUUGGGAACUUCAUCUUGUCAAACCUUCGAUACGGGGUGAAGUUUCAGUAUGAUAGACACCAAAUGAGGCACUGUAGCCACGUACCUCGUUAUUUGAUACUGUCCCUCAAUAUGCAGGUUGUCACUGGCAGCCAUUUACAUAAACCAUCUAAUCAUGGUGACCAUCAGUUUUAGUGAUGCAUCUCAGAGAGGAGUUUAGAUGAGGCCGGAAUAAAUUAGUUGGUAAUAAAGCGACUAAUAUAUGAGCAUGCUCACGGCACUUUUUAUGGUC